UCAUGGCGGCCCAUCACCUAAGCUGAGCAAAAAGCAUGGAAGGGUCGAAGGGUCAGCGCUGUCCAGACCUCUGCCUCGCCGGCGGUCGCCAGGUCUAGUUUAGUGCCAGCAACAGCUCAGCUCUGUCCAGGUCUCCCAGCGGCGCUGGGCCCGCUCUGACCCCGGGCUCAGCCUUAGCUCAGGCGCCCACCUGGGGAGGCGGCGGUCAGGGCCUCGGGACUAGUAGCCAAGGCCCCGUAGCCGGCUGGGGACUGGCGCCAGCGCCACCGAGCGCACCGGGCCAAGCUCCGGGCGAUCCCGACGCUCGCGUGCCCUCCCCGCCCCCUCCGCGCCUUGCUUCUCCUCGCUUCGCCCCGCCGCCCGCGGCCCCCACCCACCGGCCGCUCCUCCCCUCUCCCCACCCUCCUCCUCCGCCCCCUCCCCUCCCCCGCCGCCUCGCACACAGCUCGGCCGAGCGUCUGAACCUCUGGGGCCGCGAGCGCAGGCGGCGAGGCCACCGCACCUGCAGAACGCUCGAGCUGCGGAGCCGGCACCUCGCCUCUCACCGCCCGAUCCCCUUUCCCCACUCGCUGGGUUGCCCAUGACGCCCACGACUCCCUGUUGGCGACAAUGACCACUUCCCUGCAAGAUGGGCAGAACGCCGCGGGCAGGGCGGCUGCCCGGGACUCGCCGCUGGCCGCCCAGGUGUGUGGCGCUGCCCAGGGGAAGGGCGACGCCCACGACCUGGCGCCAGCCCCCUGGCUCCACGCGCGAGCGCUCCUGCCCCCUCCGGACGCGACCCGCGGUUGUGUUGUGGACAGGAGAAAAAAGAAAGAUCUUGAUGUUCUGGAAAUGCCAUCUAUUCCAAACCCUUUUCCUGAGCUGUGCUGUUCUCCAUUUACAUCUGUGUUGUCAUCGGGCCUGUUAUCCAAAACGAAUUCAAGGAAAAAACAGGUGAUUAAAGUGUACAGUGAAGAUGAAACCAGCAGGGCUUUAGAGGUACCCAGUGACAUAACUGCCCGAGAUGUUUGCCAGCUGUUGAUCCUGAAGAAUCAUUACAUCGAUGACCACAGUUGGACCCUUUUUGAACACCUGCCUCAUAUAGGUCUAGAAAGAACACUAGAAGACCAUGAGCUGGUGAUUGAAGUGCUGUCUAACUGGGGAAUGGAAGAAGAAAAUAAGCUGUACUUUAGAAAAAAUUAUGCCAAAUAUGAAUUCUUUAAAAACCCAAUGUAUUUUUUUCCAGAGCAUAUGGUAUCUUUUGCAACUGAAACCAACGGUGAAAUAUCCCCAACACAAAUUUUACAGAUGUUUCUAAGUUCAAGCACAUAUCCUGAAAUCCAUGGCUUCUUACAUGCGAAAGAACAGGGAAAGAAGUCCUGGAAAAAAAUUUACUUCCUUCUAAGAAGAUCUGGUUUAUAUUUUUCUACUAAAGGAACAUCAAAGGAACCACGGCAUUUGCAGUUUUUCAGCGAAUUCGGCACUAGUGAUAUUUAUGUGUCACUGGCAGGCAAAAAAAAACACGGAGCACCGACUAACUAUGGAUUCUGCUUUAAGCCUAACAAAGCAGGAGGGCCCCGAGACCUGAAAAUGCUCUGUGCAGAAGAAGAGCAGAGUAGGACGUGCUGGGUGACCGCGAUUAGAUUGCUUAAGUAUGGCAUGCAGCUGUACCAGAAUUAUAUGCAUCCAUAUCAAGGCAGAAGUGGCUGCAGUUCUCAGAGUAUAUCACCCAUGAGAAGUAUAUCAGAGAACUCCCUGGUAGCAAUGGACUUCUCAGGUCAGAAAAGCAGAGUUAUAGAAAAUCCCACGGAAGCUCUUUCAGUUGCAGUUGAAGAAGGACUUGCUUGGAGGAAAAAAGGAUGUUUGCGCCUGGGCAGUCACGGUAGCCCCACUGCCUCCUCACAGACCUCUGCCACAAACAUGGCCAUCCAUCGGUCCCAGCCAUGGUUUCACCACAAGAUUUCCAGAGAUGAAGCUCAGCGAUUGAUUAUUCAGCAAGGACUUGUGGAUGGAGUUUUCUUGGUGCGGGAUAGUCAGAGUAACCCCAAAACUUUCGUCCUGUCAAUGAGUCAUGGACAAAAAAUAAAGCACUUUCAAAUUAUACCAGUGGAAGAUGAUGGUGAAAUGUUCCACACUCUAGAUGAUGGCCAUACUAGAUUUACGGAUCUAAUCCAGCUGGUGGAGUUCUACCAACUCAACAAGGGUGUUCUUCCUUGCAAGUUGAAACAUUAUUGUUCUAGGAUUGCUCUAUAGCUGAACCAGAAGUGAUGUGUUAAACUGUUGAAGAAAAAAGACUCAAGGGGGAAAAAAUUAAAAACAGAGCAUAAAUAAGGGUAAAAGCAUACUGUGGUGAAAGGAAUAUUUCACCUGCAAGUUAUAAAAAAUAGUUCAUGCAUUGCAAAUAAGCAAAAACUUGGAUUGGCAUUACAAUCAUCAUUUAAAAUUUGUAAGUUGAAAUUAAACCUUAGGAAACAAUGACUUGGAGUGUUCUUGUGUGGUUUCAUAUUACUGUAUUUUCUUCAAAUAUGCAUAUUUCAAACAUUUAUCUGCUCCUUUUUAAAAUAUGAGAGCCCUAGAAUUCUCAAACACCAAAUAUGAAGAAGAAAUCAGGUUUCAGAAUGAUUUUUUGCAAACUGAAUUCCAGUUAUACUACUUUUUCAAUAUUAAGAAGCAUGACAAAAUCUUUAGUUAUUAAUUAAAAGAAACUAUACAUGACUUGUUAAUAAAACUAAAAACAAUUUCGAAUUGUA